AUGCACUUCCUUGCGUUUCUUACCUUCAUCCUCAUGGCUGCCUUCGCUACUACGAUGGCCCUGCCUCUUGAGUCGGAUGCUCAUCUUGCCGAGGGCGCGGCUGGCGAACAUGACCAGUCCUAUGGCCUCGUUGGCUCUGCUGAACCGAAUAUUUCUGCGAACCCCGAAGACUUCGAUCACGUUCCAGGAGACAUCGAGUUCGAUGAAGACCAUCCCGCCCUCAAGCUCAGCCCACGCAAUGAUUGCGCCUCUGGACAUAAGUUUUGUGGAGAAUGCAAUGGAACCAGUUGCAAAAUGGCAUAUGUCAACCUAGAGGGCUCUUGCGUGGUCCAGAGAGGCGGUGGUGACGGAAAGUACUGCGGCGGCCCUAGAACGGGUUACAUGGUUUGUCCAGGCUGGUGA